AUGCUAUAUUUAACUAAAGUUGUUAACAAUGCUUGUUUAGCCGUAAUAAAUUGCGGCUUAUGUUUGUCAUCGACAAAUUUAGCUAGAAAAAUGAUAGUAGAAGAUUUUAAAUUAUGUCCAGCAGGAUAUAGAGGAUGUGAUAAAGAAAAAUGGUAUUUUACAACUUUUUAUUUUAUAUUAUAUAUGAGUUCCUUCUUUGGCUGUUUUAUUUCUUUAUUUUUUAAAAAUACAGACAGAAGAAAAUUUAUCAUAACAAUUCAUUAUUUAUUUAUGAUUGGAAGCUUAUUAACAAUUUAUACUACACCUCAUAUUAUUAUAUUUUUAUUUUCCCAAGCAUUCUUUGGGUUAGCUAUUGGAUGCGCAGUUGUUAUUGUUUGUUUUUAUGUAUUGGAAUAUUCUCCAAAAAUAUAUCAGAAUUUUUACGGGUUCUAUAUUCAAACCUUUUUUGCUAUUGGAAUAUUGAUUAGUUAUAUAUUUGGUGCUUGUUAUGAAAAUAUAAAAUUUGAAAAUCCACAAACAACAGACUUGGUUCUAAAAAUAUUAUAUAAGAUACAUCUAUGUUUACCACUGAUAUUUAGUUUAAUAUCUUUAAUACUUUUACAUUUUGUAUUUAAAUUAGAUACUCCAUUACAUUUAUAUGCAACGAAAAAUUAUGAUAAAUUUGAUAAAUUAAAAACAAAAAUCAAUGCGAGAGAAUUUGAUGAAAAAAAAGAAUAUCAUAUGCAUCCUACCACCAAGGAUAUAACAUUAAUAAAUAAUGACAUAUCAGUUAUUGAUUUUCUAAAAAACAAAAAAUUAAGAAAAGCCUCUCUUUCAGGAAGCUUUUUAUGCUAUUUGUAUUCAUUUAAUGGCUAUUCUUUAUUUUUUACAAAAAUAUUCUUAUUUUAUAGAAUAUUUUCAUCUACAAUGUUAAACACAUUUAUAUCGGUAGGAUUUAUUCUACUGUAUGUAAUUUCUACAAUAAUAUCUACAGUGUUAGCAGAACAUUUUCAAAAAAAGGAUUUAUUAAUUACUGGAUUGGUAACACAAGCUUUAGCAUGCGCUGGAAUAGUAGGUGCUUACUUUUCAUCUUUAGAUAAUCUUUUUAAUCAAAUUAUUAUAACUACAUCUUUUGCUACUUAUUUCAUUGGUCUAUCACUAGGAUUUGGACAUAUGAUAUGGACUCAUGUUUUUGAAAUGUUUCCAAAAGAAUGUAAAGUUGUAGGAGCAUUUUGUUCAUAUUAUUCUCUUUUUAUAGGUGCAUUUAUAAUAUCGGUGUUGUUUGAAUUUGCUAACAAACUUGAUUACGCCUAUUUAUUUAUUAUAUUCUUAGUAUCAUCUAUUGUAUCUAUUAUAUGUUUCAAUUCCUUCUAUAAAGAAGAUGAAGAACUUGUUGCUAGAAAAAGCUCCCAAAGACAAUAA